UGUUUCACAUGAGAGGAUAUUCCCCCCCCCGCCACAACCAGAGACCUGGCUGGCUAAUUUUAACUUGCGAGUUUGCUAAUACAGGGUCAGGGACUGACAGCGACCUCAUCAAACUGCACAGAUACAUCAUCACGCCAGCACUGUCACCUUGGAGUUAAUAACAUAUGAGUCAUCGUUCUCGGGCCUCCCAGCGGCUGCAACAGCAUGCCCACUGUGACUCCUGCUACAGCCGGCGCUGCAGGGCCCGAGUGGAGCCCUCGGUCUGCUGUGCAGUCGCAUCCUGUCGCCUACUCUGUGGAGCUCUUUUCCACCUGUGCAAAGAAGAGGAGCACCUGCUCCUCUGCCCCAAUGUGAGGGUACCCUGCCUCAAUGCAGCAUACGGUUGCCCGGUCCACCUGACUCGCUGCUCACAAGCAGCCCACCUGCAGGUGUGUCCAGCCAGCGUGGUCUGUUGCUCCAUGGAGUGGCUCCGCUGGCCGACGGACAACACAAAUCCUCACAGUAACAGAGCCCUGGAGGAGAACGUGCUGAAGGAGAGCGAGGGCGAGGCUCUGGAUGUUGCUAUGACACUGGUCGAUCAGUCAGAUCUCUAUGCACGACUGAAAAUGAAGCUGCUCUACCCAGAGCUGACAGAGAUAGAAGAGGAGGAAGAAGAAGAAAAACGUGAUUAUAACAAUGAAAUGGAAGAGCUUGAUCAGUGUGUCCUGACAAGUAAAGACACAAAUGGAGGUGUCCUCACAUCCAUCUUUGAAGCAAACCGUUGUGAAAACAGCACUGAAGAGCCUGUACAGAACACUGGGGACAAAGGCAUCAACAUAGAGAAAUACAAAAUGACUGAGAUGAUGUUUGGCAUGGAGAGAGGUGGCUGUGCUGUUGCUCAGGCAAACCUAAACAAUCCCAAAGAGAAAGCAAGCCUCAGUGAGAAGAAGACAUCUCAGUGUGAGUCAGAUCAAAAAGAGGAUGCGAGCCGGCCGAGAGCGGAUACAAAUCACAGUGAGACUGAGAGGCCUGGGGAUGCUGCCACCAAUAACUGUCACCCACCAGACAUGGGUAUGUCAGGAUUGGCCCCUUGGCAAGAGGGGGUUUUGGAUCGUCUCAAGGAGCUCAGCCCUCAUGAGUACAACAUGUAUGUGGUGCAUCAUGGACGCAUGCUGCUUGCCUUUGGGCACAUUCAGGCCUGUACACCAAGAGAUAAAGAUUUUGUUUAUGGGAGCCUGGAACCAAUCCCAGUCCAGACCCUGCGCUCUUUCAAGGUCCCUGACAGCUAUCACUACAGGCAGCGGGUUCAUCUGUAUGACACGGCAAAGCGGGUUCAGACUGAGACUCGCAGUGUUGACACAUCUGACCUCAGAGUCAAUGAUGAAGACUGGAUGAGUGAUGAAGCAGAAGCAACCCUGCUAGGUUAUGCAGAGAAGGAGGUCAUGGGUCACAAAAUCAGUGAGCCCAAAGCAACUGACGGCUUGUUUUUUGAUGUGGGAACACAAACGCACUCAUUCCACUCUGCACCGUUUAAAGGAAAGACGACACUGGCAGAGGUGAUGGUGAACAGGCCGCUGAAGCUUUCUCUGAAGCUGCAGGCAGAAAGUGUGAACAGCAGACACAACAGCACCAACAGUGUCUUCACUUUCAUGUGUGGUCACACCUUCCACCGCAGGGAGUUCUCCACACAUUUCAGAAACGUACACAGCGAGAUCCAAACAUGUCUAAGUGGUUGGUUUGAGCAGAGGUGCCCCUUGGCAUACCUUGGAUGUACCUACAGUCAAAAGAGGUUCCGGCCAUCCACACAUGAAGCUGUGGUCACCUACAACAAGGAACUGAGGAGUUUCAACUUACGACCGACUAUAUCUGAUACUCAAAGUACAACCUACCAGCCAUCUAGGAGGUCAGUGGACUCCUCCACCAGCCAGAGGAAGACACAAGGAGGGGAGGACUCUCUGAGUUCGCUGCCCUACGAGGUGCUGUGCCACAUGGCCAGUUUUCUGGACAGCCUGUCCCUGUCCCAGCUGUCUCUGGUGUCUCGGCUCAUGAGGCAGGUUUGCUCGUCUCUGCUGCAGGACAGAGGGAUGGUCACCCUCCGCUGGGAGAGGAAGACCCACUCACACGAUGGAACCACGUGGAGGGCCAAAACAAUUUGGGAGUUCAGUCACCUUUUUUCCUCUGUGGACUCAUGGCAUAUUGCAGACACGCCUCCUAUCUCUGCUCAUCUAAAAGUCUGUCCUUACUAUGAGACAUCUCUGCGCCAUGAGCCCUUUCACCUCUCCGACAUAAGAAAGCAGCAGGUGUGCAGAGAGGAGAAACCGAGCUUGGUCGCCCAGUUCAAAGGAAACAGACUGAAAGAUUAACAACAAAAUAUCCAGAUCUCUGAUGUUCCCACUUUUGUCUACAGUUCACACUGAUGCCACAUGAUGCACUAAGAGCACAUUUGCAUGUUCAGAAACACCACACCAAUAAAAGCUAAUGUAGUAAAGCUGAACUUGUGCCGUAUCAUUUGUCCUUUGCAUGGCAUUACUGGACAUGACUUGAAAGUGAUCUAAAGAAAUUUUGGCCAAAUCCAAACCAGAACAAAGUCCUAUAGAUCCCCUGAGGUCCAUUAGAAC